AUGAUAUUUCUGGAGUUCACCAGGGACAGAGUGCCAUGCAACGAGCUCGCUCAAAUACUCGAUCAAUGUGGAUACACUGACAAAGCUACCCUGCUACGACUAUAUAACACGUCGGAAAAGCCCAUGACUUAUAAAUACGAAUACCUAGAAGUGAUCAAGGCCAAUGUUCUACGGUCGGCGCCGGUAUUAACCAAUAGCUACGAAAUGAUAGCCAGGCCACGAGGAAUUGCCUUGAUCGUUUUAAACGACCCUGUUUUAGCUAGCGAGGCCAAAGUGUUUGCGAACAUAUUCAAGCAACUGGAUUUUGUUGUACCGGAUAUUGAGCAAACUACGGUCGAUCCGGAACUCAGCAAACGAUAUAAAAUGGCGAAUAAGGAUGAUGAGCUAGCAAAUGUUGAUAAAGCAUGG